AUGGAUAUGGAUAGCUUGGGCUUCCCCAGCAUAUCUCAGGGGCCCAGCAAAGUACUACGGGGCACUCGCAGGGGUCCAGCCAUGCGCCGGCGGAGGGAGUUUAUGCCAGAAGAGAAGAAGGACACAACUUACUGGGAGAAACGGAGAAAGAACAACGAGGCAGCCAAGCGGUCCCGGGAAAAGCGACGUCUUAACGAUGUGGCUAUCGAGAGCAGGCUGGCCGUGCUGCUGGGGGAGAAUGCUAUACUAAGGGCUGAGCUGCAAGCCCUCAAACUUCGAUUUGGCCUUUUGCCUCCAGUAUGUGGUUCCAGGAUUUUGCCCUUGCAGGCGUUGCUAUGGAAACCUUCCAGUACUGGGGACUCCCAUUCAAGGGCUGACUCAUUCUUACCUUUGCCCGGUGCCCAGGACUGCCUGUUCAAAUCAUAUGCUGUGGAUUCUGGGAUUCCGGGCUGCUCAGGCUGUCUGGUGGCUCAAGGGUGGGCCGGCUUAUCUGCUUCCCCCAGGUUCUUGCAGGAGUCAGAACCUCUGAUUCCCCGGAUAGUUGACAGGACCUUUCACACUGCCUUCCCAGCUGCUAUCUUUGGUUGUCAUUUCCUAGAUGGGCAUGUGGGAAUUAGACCAGAGCUCAAGCCUUGUUGUGGCCUGUGGUCAUCUGUGCCCACUGGAUCCAUUGCCCCAGCGGCCUCAGAUAUAUCGAUGACAUCCUCGGAGAAUUCCAUGGGGGUUUCUCCUGGUAUGACCGGCUCUGUCCCAAGUGACAGGUCUGAAGGUCUAGCUCAGAUUUCCUUGCCUCACAAGCUGCGCAUCAAAUCCCAGGCCUCAAACAGGCUGUGUUGA